GUCUGUUCCAAAGCAACACUUUUCUUCAGCUACAGUUUGAGGUGAAAAAGAAUCCUAAGAGCUCAGAUGGAUUGCGCAAUACCAAGAUGGUGGCCCGCAGCUGUUUUUAUACAAAAACAACAGCUGUUUUUAGAUGAAAAACAGCGAAAAUGGCAAAAGCUGGCCCGUGUCCAGGUACAGUCCAGCCCCCUGGUACUGAUGAAGGUGUGACGUGUAAGCAACGUCCCUGUUGUGCAACCAGCUCUUGGGGGCUAUAAGACCUCCAACCUCAUCUGGUUUCUCAGAGCCUCCAGUCUGUUUUCUCGACACUAAGACAGAGGCAUGAUGUGGUCCGGAGUACUCAGCUGUGCAGAUUUCUUUUAGAGGGGUCAGGGAGCAAUUGUCGAGAAAUGGACUUUAGCCAAAAGAAGCAUUGAAAACCACCUGACUGAUUGGAUUGGACGCUCAAUCACUCAAGCUGACCCAGGAAACUGUGUGACGCAAGGGUACAUCCAGUACUAUAAUGGCAAUUCCAGAUGACCUCUCCCUUUUCAACUCCACCUCCUCCCCCCAUUCAAAAACAGAGAUCUAUCUGAACACCUCUCUAGCCCCCUCUGCUCCCCCGUGCACUGACUGGCCUCCUGUAUCCAUGACCACAGUCAUCCCCACCAUCUACAGCGUCAUCUGUGUGCUUGGAAUCGUAGCCAACGCCCUGGCUGUGUGUGUGUUGGCCCAUUCCAAUGCCUCAAGGAGAACUGUGGCAAACACUUUCAUGCUGAACCUGUGUGUGUCUGACCUGCUGUUCCUGCUGUCUCUCCCGCUGUGGGCCGUCUACUACUCCCAGGGCUACAGCUGGCCCUUUGGCUGGGUUGCCUGCAAAGUCUGCGGAGCUCUCCUCAACCUCAACCUCUACGCGUCCAUCUUCUUCAUCACGAGCAUGAGCAUGGACCGCUACCUGGCCAUCGUGCGCCCGCUCCACUCCCAGAGCGCACGAGACCCCAAACGUGCCCGGCUCACGUGCAUCCUGGUGUGGGUCCUGGCGUGUGCUUGCUCAGCCCCCACCUUUUAUCUGAGGGACACUCACCUCCUCAAGGGGCUUGGAGUGGAGGCCUGUGUGAUUUCUUAUCCUAAUCAUACCUGGUAUCUGACCCUGGCCUGGAUGAAGAUUGUUCUGGCCUUCCUGCUGCCCUUGCUUGUCAUCUCUUGUUGCUACUACUCUAUUGGUAAACAUUUGUUGGCUGAUACAGGGCUGGUAAGAAUGCAGAAUCUGCCGCACCCCCCCAACAUGAACUCUUUUAAAUCACUGGAGAGCAGUAAACCAGAGAGACCCCCAAUGCCCUGUGUGAGCCCCAGCUCCUGUGGGGGCAGAACCCUGGAGGGCAGGGGGCUGGAGCGGGUGUUGUGGACAGUAGCUGCUGUGGUCCUGGCCUUCUUCCUCUGCUGGUUCCCCUUCCACUGCGUGACGUUCUUGGACGUGCUGAAUAGUAAGGGCUGGUUGGACAGCUGCUGGAUUAACUGGACCAUCCACAACCUCACCCCUCUCACCCUCUGCUUGGGCUUCUCCAACUCAGCCAUCAACCCUGUGCUCUAUUGCUUCAUUGGAAACCAUUUCCGGGGUCAUCUCGGGGGCCUCUGCAAGGGCCUGUGUGCUUGUUUAAAGACCCGUGGGGAAGAUCACAGCCAGAAGACGGGCUCCUUCAGCACCAGGCUGAGCUCCUUCUCCCGAAAACUCAGUGACCUGAAAGACCUGGCGAUUGUGGAGCCCUCUGGUCCUGUCUAACUGGCAGGGAGAUUUUCCCUUCCCUCCACUGGCUUCACACCCCAGAGAGUUGCGCCAGCGUUAAGUGACUGCUGAACUUCAAUAAGCAUGGAUGUGUGGGACUGAGCUGUUACUAUAAUUGACUCAUUAUAUACUUAAGUAUUGAGUCAAAUUCCGGCAGAGCUCAAUGCUGCCCUACAAAGACUGAGAAAAGUAAUUGAAGAAAAGAGGAAGCUAAAGGUUUUAGGUUUUGAGAUUGGUUAGCCAAACUAUGUAACAAACUAUAAAGCUAAUGCCUGCAAUGAUGCAGCAGGAAGCUGUGAAAAAGCUAUAGAAAUCCACUGUAGACUACCUGCACAGCACCAAAAUGUGAACAUAGUGGAGCAUUUAGUAGCUAAAGAGCCAGAAUUUCCCAAGUGAUUAAAAAAAUAUAAAACUAAAUGUAGCUAUCUCACCACCAGCUAGCUUUAAUUUAAGGAACUGCUUUUAAGCUCUGUAGUUUUGCAAACUAUGACAUGGUAAAAUUAUUAUUAUGGUAAAACUAAUAUCAAAAAGUCAGAUUCUGCUGUAUUUCAACUAAAUGCACAGUUGCUGCAUUUUUGGCUUUGUACAGAACAGGCCAAAUGAUUAUUGAGAUACAGAUGUUUGAGGACAAUUAUUAAACAAAAUGCUGCUUUUACUGCUGGGACCAAUUUAUGAUAGGCUAUAUGUAAUCAUGUAACUUGUAACAUUUGUAUUGUAUUAUUCUGUAAAGACAGUUUAGGAAAAUGAAAAGUACUGCUUUAUUUUGACUGAAUAAGAAUAAAUGACACUUCUUUAUUUGA